AUGAGAGCAUGGCAAUGGUCGACAUGUGGUACCACGCUUGAGGAGGCGAUAGAGCUCAAAGACUCAGUCCCACUGCCGACAUCGAAGUGGCCCCUCACAGCUGGAGAGUCUCUUAUUCAAGUUCACGCUGCUGCUCUAAACCCUGUCGACUACAAGCUAGCAGAGCUGCCAGUGGUUGGACGAAUGGCCAUCCCGAAACCAGCAACACCCGGGCUUGAUUUUGCUGGAAGGGUUGUCCAAGAAGGACCCGGCUGCAGUGUUAAGGUUGGGCAGAUGGUAUUUGGCAAACUCGAGCCAAAGCAACAGUUUGGCACACUCGGGGAAUACGUUAUCGGUUCAAAAGCUGGGACAGUGCCGAUACCUAGUGGCGUGUCUGUAGAGCAAGCAGCAACGCUAGGGGUUUGUGGACUUGUGACGUAUCAGUGUCUUGCUCCAAAUGUGAGAGCUGGUGACCGAGUGUUCAUCAAUGGUGGUUCGGGAGGUACGGGAACAUUUGCCAUACAGAUCGCCAAAGCUUUGGGAUGCCAUGUUACUACAACUUGCUCAGGUGCAAACACCCAACUGUGCAAGGAUCUUGGAGCCGAUGAGUUGAUUGACUAUCGUGAAAACGAUGUUUCUACUCUUCUCGCAAGCAGCUCGAAGCACUAUGAUAUGGUUCUCGAUAACGUCGGCCACCAGUUCGAGCUCUACUGGAAAUCCCCCUCCUUCACGAAGCCUGGAGCGAAGUACGUCCAGAUCGGGUCCCAGGUCAGCUUGCCCUUCAUAUAUGACCUCGCUUUCCGCUUCUUGGUACCCAUGUGGCUUGGAGGCGGGCAACGGCCGUUCUCAUUCGGUCUUGCUUCUACAAAUUACGAUGACUUCAUCAAGUUAGGCAAACUUGUCGCGGACGGCAAAGUGAAGCCUGUCGUGGACGAAGUUUUUGCAUUCAACAAUGUACAUAGAGCAUACGAGAAGCUCAGGACCGGCAGGGCGAAGGGCAAGAUUGUAGUCAGGGUGAGAACCGAAUAA